AUGCGAAUCGAAAGCGAGCAGCCGUUCAGCAAUCAAUCGUACCAAACGCAGCAGUCGCAGUCUCAACAACACCAACAGCAGCAGCAUCAACAACUGCAUCAGCAGCAGAAGCAACAACACUCUCCCGGUGGAGAACAGUCGCAUUUGUCCUUUACAAACCUCCCCAUAAUGGUGAAUCAAUCGCCCAACAACAUAUCAUCGACGCUACACAGUUCAUAUGGAAAUCUGCCCACAACCGGAGAAGCGGUUCUUGCCCAGCGGCGACUACAGCAACAAAAGCAACAACUUGAAUCCUUCGUUUCACAACCACUUCGCGGAAUUAUCGCUGGUGGACACGACGCAAGGCGCAGAGUGAGUCCCAGUAUGUACAUCCCGACCAGCCUGCAGCAGGACCUCCACUCACCGCACAAUAGUUACUCGCAGUCGCUGCAAUUCGACGACUCCUUCUUCCGCCAUCACCAGCAGUUCAGCACUGAGAAUGGUAAUGGAGGUAGCGGCAGCUCGGAGGUCGCCCGUGAAACCAAUACGGAUAGCGGCGGAAACAUCGGCGGUGAUACUUAUCAGAGCUUGAGCAACCAGAAUUCAGUAAACAACUGCAGUAGCAGUAAUCUGGGUCCUAGCAGCAAUAGUGGCAACGCUCGAGGAGGUGUCGGCGUCGUUGUCGGCACCAACAACAAUAAUUCAUCGUCGCGUCAGACUGGUGGAGCGGGGACGGGUAGUGCCAGUUGUUCGCCCCUACACAGCCCGAAUAGUCCCAGUUACAAAAACUCGAACUAA